AUGCAACCAGUCGGCAGAAAUUGGCAUCCUAAGCUCGGAAGCAGUCUAAAAACGGAUGCACAGCCGAAACCGACAGCGUUCAAGCAACUGAGCUCAAGUCUGACAUGUUUGCAGAAAGAACAAGGAAAAUAAAAGUUUUUUGCAGGUUACCAACAAUUUUCAGCCGGAUCCCUUCAGGACAGACCAGUAAAGGUUAGAAAAUGUCCGAAUAGCUUACACCAUUAAUGAUUAGUAGUUGUUGUGAACAGUUUUCAGUAGUUAGUUGCGAGAAAUAAACCAAUUUUCGCUCUUUUUUCUUCAAACUCUGAUAACACGUGACCGUUGUUUCAGAGACGUCAAAAGCCUCACGGAAUCACCGGAAUGUUCGCAGCCGCCAAGAGCUCCCUCCCGACCUGCUCCAGCUACACUUUUCCGGUAAGAAACAUGAAAAAGCCCAACACAACUCUCUGAUUUUUCAGAAAUUCGAUCAAAACCGCGAAGACGAUGCUCCGGCGCCGAUAAAAAUUACUAAAUUUUCAAAUUUCCCGCGCCAAGGUGCUCGCGCUCAAAAUGGAUGGGAUUUCAGUGACAUUUCAGAUGGAAGAGGUGAAAAUUCUUCGAAUUUCAAAUAAAAAGUUAGAGUUUCAGAUAAGUUUCAGCAGCAGCCGACAAUUGAGUCCACUCGGAGGCCCAGUGUCCCCGAGGUCCAAAGGUACAAUUCGGAUGAUGAAAAACAGGGAAUACCGACAAUUUCUGCAGGUUUUUCUCGAUUUUUCCGCUCAAAGCAUAUCUUCUACUUCACAGAAAAUCCUCCAAAAAGACCGAUUUUGCCGUGGCUUCGAAAGUUGGACUCGCAAGAGGAAACUGAGCAAACGCCGAGGGAAAUCGAGAAAAAACCACUGGGAUUUGAGAAAUCAAUAGAGAGAUUUUCAAAAAGAUUCGAUAAGAAAAAGCUUUUGCCGCGAAUUCCGCUCCAGAAUCACACAAAAACGACGAUGGGAACGGUUGAGAGGGCGGUGGUGGCGGUCGCGUUGGCCCGUUUGGUUCGGCCCGCAAAAAAGUAGAAAGUUCUGGAAUUUCAGUGUUUUAGGACUCGGGAGAGCCGCCGAAAGCGUUUCCGGUGUACGAAUUGCUGCUAGAACGCUCCGAUUGGCUCAUGUUCAACGAAGAAAUGAACGACGAGGAGGACUAUCCGCCCGAUGAUCCGUUCUUUUCGAGAGAAGACAUUUCCAGGUGGUCCUUUAGAAAUGUUUGGAAUUUCCUGAUUUUUUCAGUGAUGUUGAGGAAUACGAACAGGAAAUGGAGCUGACGAACAUUCCGACGUACGAGAGACCGAAGGAUCCGCGGGAAAAAGAAGAGAAGGAGCAGGACUUGGACGUCUUCAAAGAUCUUGCGGAAAGGGACCAAUCGGACAGUCAAGAGGACUUUGUAAGCCACUUUAUACAGAGUUACUGAUAAAUUAUAAGAUUUUUACAGUUUGACAACGUCUUUUCGCCAAGAACACCCGACAAAUCUCCAGAAUUCCCGACUUUUUCGCAGUAUUGCGCCAAACUGAACGCUCGGAAACGGACGACUCCUUCCGAAGACUUUCCAUUGCCAUACGGCCCGAGCACCUCCAAUUACAACCCAUUCGAGUACAUUUUCAGCACAUCUCCACAAAAAUAACGUCAAUUUACUUGCAGCGAAUCGCCGUCACCAAAGAAUUCGAAUUCUUCAUCGAAAUUCUCGUUUGGUUAA